CAGACCAGUUCCACUGAAACAAAGAAUGGGAGGAGCCACUCACGCAUGAGUUGAUCGCAUGAAGGUUGUCAGACUACGUUUUUAUUACCAUAUUGAAGCGUUCAUUUGUGACGGUGCCGUUGUAACAUGGAGGAUAAGGUUUUAUUGAGUACGAGAGGCCGCUACAUGUUUGCAAGAACGCAUUCACACCUAAACUAGCGAGAAGUUUCACUGUCGUCAGAUCAUGUGAAGUUGUACAUUCUAUCGAUCAACAAAAAAAAGCGGUUGUAUUCAGGGGCUAUAUUACCUGAUAGUCAUUAACGGGUAGGUUAGGGCCUAGGGCCACAUGUAGUCCUCAAUGCAGCGACCUGACCGAUAACAAUAACUACUCCACGGAUGCCAGGAAACUACGUGCAGGAGCGGCAAUCGUGAUAUGCGGGCGUUCACGACACACAACGUUAGUGCGAGCUUUGCAGUAUGGUCACUGCAUUUGAAGCUGACAACUUAUAUGUACAUGAUUGAUUGACUGUCCGUGGAUAUCUCCAGCUUCGUAAGAAUUUCCCCAGCUUUGACAAAAAUAAUGUCAGCGCUGACAGAGAACAGUUACUUCAGGUUUCUUGUGCUGACCAUUGCAUACAUAUUGUACCUGUGCCUUGGCGCCGGGGUAUUUUUAGCCUUCGAGCAGUCGGUGGAGAGUAACUAUGUAGCCAAACUACAGGGUUUGUCUGAUGCCUUCGUGAGGGAGAACCCCUGCGUGAACUUCUCCGACCUGUAUGCUUUCAUGGAGGAGGUUCUGGCUGUGGGUAGUAAGGGGAUUCGCUUGGAGGAGGAUGGCUCAUCCUACAGAGUCUGGGACUUUGCAUCAGCAGUCUUCUACAGUGUUACUUUAAUAACAACUAUCGGUUAUGGUCACAUGACUCCCCUCUCAGAAGGCGCCAAAGCUUUCAGUAUUGUGUACUCACUGGUGGGCAUACCCUUCACGUUUCUAUUUCUGGGCAUGAUGGUGUCUCUAUGCAACAGACCCUCACAGCGGCUUCUGGAAUGCUUAAUCAGAAAACAACGAAAGAAAGAAAGCAAACGUAGUGUUUCAUCGCCAACAGAGGACAAAUUCAGCAACCUUGGCAUCCACAUACUCCAUCUGACGAUAAUUGCGGCCAUCGUCUUCACUUUUUUCUUCCUGAUCCCGGCUGCCAUAUUUGAUGCUCUGGAGAACACCUGGAACUAUCUGGAGAGCCUGUAUUUCGUCUUCAUCUCCAUCUCCACAAUUGGUCUGGGAGACUACGUGCCUGGAAGCGACCCGCACAACAGCGUGUAUGAAGACCACCGGAGCCUGUACCAUCUCUGCGUGACAGGCUACCUUUUGGUCGGAGUGGGUUCCUUGUUACUACUGUGCGAGACAGUGGUCAAGAUCCCGCAGAUCAUGGGCGGAAUCUUCGCCAGUUUGGUCCCCCAGUCUUCGCCAGAGGAAACGGAUGUCGAGAUGGAUGACGCUGGCUCGGAGAAGACGGACAUAACGAACGUUCCCAAUACGUACUCAACGUUCAACAGUGUCAACAGUGACCAUCCAAAUUGAUGCUGUUCAUUGUGGAUAUAAUGUUGUGUAUACAAUUGAAAUGCAUAUUUUAAUGCAAUAAUUUUAUCAGAAACGCAGUCGUUGCAUAAAAUGCCUUCCAUAUUUUUGUCACAAAAAAGGGGAAUUCCGGAGAUGUUAUUUAAAUAUGCAUUUUUAAUAUAUGUUUCCAUUAAAGGGAAUUUGGGCCAGAGGCUAUGCAUUCGUUAUCAGAAUAAGUGGGGUGUAGUAACCCCUUCGAUUACCCCCUCCCACCGGGAAGCUCCGUUGGAUUAUUCCGAGUUUCCGUGGGGGAUAUGUUUGACAUGUCCGAUAGAAAAACAGUGGGAGCAUUUUCAAACUUAAAACAGGUGACAUUGCGAGAGCGCUCCUGGUUUAAAACAUUCUUGGGCACUAGAUUUGAUAGCUUUGAUUGCGUUUGCGUAAGGGAAAGAUGAUUUGAUAUAAAGUACUCUCGACUAAAAGUAAGUGGGACAGUAGGAGGGGAUAUGUACUGUAUUAGGCCAAGCACAUUUUUGCAGGAUGCAGUUGAACGCUUCAACUGCACACUUGUUAGUCCUUCCCCUAAUCAGACUGAAAUCUUCGUAAAAUCUCAUCUUAUGCAACAUUUAUUAACUUGAAGAUGUAUAGCAAACAUAAAAUGUGUUAGCUUAUAUCAAGUGCUACCUCUGAAGUCACGUUCGAAUACCUUCGUUCUGUCCACCUUCAUACAAGCGCCUGUGGGUGCCGCAACGAUUCGGCAUAGAAUGGAAAAGCUCGAUAUUGACGGCCGCUGGUAGCCAAGUGAAGUGGUGGAACACAAUUACUCGGACUUCAGAGACUCUAUCGCCGCGGUUCUCCACUGUCUGGGGUUUGCAGACCAGCGAUCUGCCUGCAUGCUUGACCGAGUGACGAGUCGAGCAAUGUGAUUGACAAACCAUGACGAUUGACCGUCAAAAAUUAAUGAAGAGUUGCCAAUUAAGACGACGCUUGGCUUCAUUAAAUGUAGUUGAUCAUGCGAACCAUUUACAGCGGAUAGUUCCUUUUGAAUAAUUGCAUGAUCCCUGAGGGGCGGAUCCAGAGAUUUUUUUCCAGGAGGGGUCAGGCCCGUCAGAUGUUGUUUAUAUCCGAUUGUUGGGGACAGACGGAUACAUAAUAGGUAUGGCAUAGCAUUGUUACCGAUGUACAAAUAAUAAUCCUUAAAGAAUGUCGUCUUUAUUGUCAGGUGGGGUGGGGGAGAGUUGACACCCACCCCUUGGAUUCGCAACUGCCCUCUGUAGUUACUAUCUUACAAUAAACGCGUCAUUUAGAUUUAUUACGAAAACCCUAGGUAUCCGAUUUCAUCCGCAACGUUGACGGAGCAGUGAAAAUUUUGUAACUCUGAGGUUUGAGACUGAAGUGCCUUCUUUUUUAUAAGAAGGGAAAGGAAACGAGGCUUGCUGACAGUUAGUGUCAUCCACUUUGUAUAAUGCACUCUGCAACUGCGUUUUUUUGUUCGUCUCGUUCCGUCUGCAACCAUACUCAUGAAAGUGGUAAUUCAAUUGAAGAGGGGAGUCGCGUAUCAGAGCUUGCAUGCGAGGCUUGUAAUUAGUUUGUCUUUUGAAAAAAAAAUUGGAACGAUAUUUUACGUUGCGUGGGGAGCAUUUCUUACAGAGUGGACCGAAAUCGACGCAGGUGUUUCUGCUUUCACGGUAAUUGUUGAAAGGGCUGGGAUUUUUUUUAUCUGGAAAGAUUUUGGCGGUAUUGUGUAUGCCAGGUUUAUAAAGGAUUUCGAACGGAGACUGUUAUCAGCAACAGUGCUUCCAACUCAAGCUUCCAAUGUCUCUACAAUGUUUUUUAAAGCUCUGCAGCUGCCAAAGCAAUAUAUUGACGCCAGUGCUCACUUUAGGGUUGCGUUAGUAAUAACAUUAGUCGUUUUGAAUCGUUAUAUUAUUUUGUUACACAGCUAUAGUGUGUAAUUUGUACAAUUCAAAUAAAAUAUUCAAUAGAUUUUUCCGUUUUAAUUUUAAUUCUAAUUGAAUUAUAGUGGGUAUGUAAUACUCUCUGUUUUUAUAUGCCAGGGCGCCACUUUGUCUUUCAGCCACAACCCAUUAGACUAGGUUUUGAGUCUGAUCAAUGAAGAUGCCAGAAAUUUGAUAAAAUGACUUAACAAUAGUACAACACAUCAUUUAUCAUUAAUUGUAGAUGUAGCACUUUUUCUGUUCUUAGAAUAAUACAAUUUAAUAGUUUAUGAUGCACGAGGAAUAUCAAAGAAGGGUUAGAAUGAAAAAGAUGACAAAGAAGGAUGGAGCACUUUAUUCCCAGAAUGUAUGUAAAAUGCCCUUAAAAGUGCAUACUUCUGUGGCCUAUUAAUGUUGGGCGCGAUCGGCUGAUCUGCACUACCGCUCUCUGCGAUAGGUCGAUCAGGUAUGAAAUCUCAAAUUUACGUCCCUUUUGUACACAGUCUUGUUUUGUCACGAAUUAGAAUGGAGGGCUACCGGUAUUGGCUGAUGGCGAUACUGUCGACAAACCGUGCAAUAAUACCGACUGAUAGUGUAAAAUCGAGUGAUCGUGUCGAUUGACACAUCGCGCCCAAUAUUAUACCUUUGUGUACUCAUGUUCGUCCAUCGACCUUGGAAAUAUUAAUCUGAUUUUGUAAAUGCACUUGAAUGCGGUGGAAGUAUUACUAUGCAAACUGCAUUACUUUCCGAAAUACAUUAGCACUGAAGAGGCAAAAACAACCAAAAACUGAUUUACUUAAAAGAUGGUCAUAAUUGACUUUGCAACAUUAUUGAGCCUGAAAAAACUUCGCAGUCCCCGAUGUAAAUGCCUUGAUCGAAGCAACGUUGCCGUGGUUACAAUCAGGUGAUGAUCUGCGAGGCUCCUGUGGGCGCCGAAAUUAUGACAAGAUUUUGUUUGCAUGGCAUAGUUUACCAUGUGCAUCUUUUGCCCACACAAUGGAUAUUUGGAGUAAUUAAUUCAAGUAUGAUCAAAUUGCGCACGAAGUGUAUUGGGGAACAUUAGACAAUCAGCGGAAGUCAACUCCACCAGACGUGUUUCAAGUUAACAGUCCGGGGUCACGGGAAAAGCAAGCUUAAAUUUCAAUACAUCAUGGGGUAAACACACAGCCAAAAUGUCAAUUUCAAAUUUGAAGGGAAUCCAUACAGCAAACGAUUUCCAUUGACCCUUGACUUCAAAGAAAUUUUCACACGCAUCCGUGUCCAUAGGCCUAUAGUGCACUACUUAUUAGUAUACAUUCUUUGGACCUAGGGGGAAAUAUAUUUAAGUUUGACUUGAACACGUGACUGAGAUGACUCUAUAUACCCAUCGAAUGAAAAGCACAAUAUACACCAAACCUUUGUCAUCACACAGCUUGGAAUGAUAUUUGUUGUGAAACUUUAGCAGGUUCAGAACAUAUAUUGUUGAUGAGUUAAUCAAAACCCAAACUUACAAUUGAAAUCUGCUGAAAAAAUCUCGUCGUAAAACCUUUAAACCCUUCUAUUGUAAUGCUUUUGGCAUUUUCAAACGGAUAUAGAGCUUUUGCAUUAUUGUUAGCAAUGAUAGUCUCAAGUGUGCUGAAAUUAUUUUUUAGAAAUAGGCUGAAAUACUCUAGUUUUAUUUAUUCGUUUCAUGCUGUGAAUAUUUCAUGGUAGGUUACUCAAGUAAUAUAUGUUUCAGUAUCUAAAUAAUUUUAUAGCCUAAAAGGUGACACAAUUCAAUUUGCCUGGGCCGCUCAUUAAAUAUUUUUGUAAGUCCUCGAUGAAAACAGGAAACUCUUUUUCAAUUUUGUUAUAGAGAAUGAUUUGCAAAACAUAUCACAUCUGCCACGGUACAUCGUAAUUUGGCACCCCAUUGUAAAGUUGUCUUCUGGGACUAAACAACAAGUGUCUAUUUCUAACUUCUUAUUUCUUGGGGUAGGCCCUAAUCACCAAUUGCCAAAUAGCACGAAUAGGCAAAAAUCUCCAGGUCCCCGGAACCACUAUUCAGUUUCAUGCGUAUUAGUCGUAAGUGACUUAGAGAUAAACAAUACGGUACGUUUUCUCAGCCUUUUUUAUUAAAUAUUGUUCACAGAAUGCGAGGCCCACUCGAAAUAAGCUGUUAGUUGAAUGCUCUAUUCGCAUUCGAAUAUCAAGACAAAGUGCGUCUGUCUUUCAAGUAGUUAUUCUUUUCGUGCAUUAAAUUCGCCGAAAGCCUUCGGAAGAGGUUGAUCAAGAACUCAAUUUAAUUAGCCAGUAAUUUCAACAUGCUCCCAUUUAAAUUGAGCUCUUUGGAAUAGCAUGAAUCCUGAGUCGUAUUUGCAUUUAUUAAAGUUGAUUUUCCAGGAAAGAGAAUCGUUACAGGCGUACAAGGAAACGAGCAAACUUUUCCAUGUCGAAGCGAUUAAAGCUGUUGGUUAGCUUUGGCGU